AUGUUCUGCCGCAAUGUUGCCAGAAAUGGCUGCAAAUUCCAUCGUUUAUAUCACUCAAACCCCAUCGAACACGUCAAACCACUCCAUAUUAAGCCCUUAACGUAUGGGAAGCAGUCACCCCAAUAUAAAGUAUUAUCCUUAGCUCUACUAGAAUAUGUUCCCAAACAUGGCUUUUCUGAAAGAUCUAUAGUUGAGUCCUUGAAUAAACUUGGCUAUCCCUCUUCCAUGGUCUCUUCAAUAGGUGCCUCCAACUCACCCUCGUUUUUCCACUCUUCCACAGCUGUCAUGGAACUAGUGAAGUUUCAGUUGGUCGAUAAAAGAUACCGUUUAACUGAAGGAAUCAAUCCCGAUGUAACAUCACGGUACAAGCUGCCCUCGUUGGAGCAUUUGCUUUUGAAAAGGUUAGAGAUGGAUAAGUUAAUUGGCGGACAAUUGGCGGAUCUUAUGUCACAAUUGGCUGUUCCAAGCAGACUCCUCUUUGAAACUGCGAUUCCUGAAUUACACAGAUUGUCAGAUGAUAUGAUUUAUUUUUCUAACGAAGAGGACCAUCACGAUUCUGCAUGGUAUGCGAAGAGGUUGGCUGUUUCAAGCACCUAUAUUGGUUCGAAAUUAUUCAUGGCUCAAGACAAGUCUCAUGAUUUCAAAGAAACUUUUGCUUUUGCAAAGGAGAAAUUACAUAAAGUUAUGCGUUUGGGCGAGUACUAUAAUAACACGGAAGAGUUUGCUUGGUACACGUUAAUGUCCACGGUUAAUUUAGUCAAAUCUCAGUUGGCUAGGGGUUAA